AUGGCCGACGCUCGAUCGAAGGAACAAAUGGUGACGCGGAGAAUGACCCUGCUGGCGUCGCUGUCACGUGCGGAGCAAUUCAUCGAACAGUACGUCACUGAACGGGAUGGGCUCGAGGUGCAGAUCCGGCUAGAGAAUCUGGAUAUACUAUGGGCAUCAUUGGAGGAAGUGCAGACUGCCCUAGAGGAUUUGGAGGAUACCAACGAAGGUAAAAUGUUAAAUCUCCAAUACCGCGCUUCUAUGGAGCCUAGGCUGUUCAGAGUAAAGGCGAUGCUUAAGGCUAAACUACCAACUCCUGUUAUUCCUCACGAAAACCGCCCCCUUGAAAACCCCCCUCGUUCGUCGUCCGCUUUGUCCGGUUUGAGGUUGCCAACAAUUUCGCUUCCGGAUUUUGACGGAGAUUACAAGCAGUGGCUUACCUUCCACGAUACGUUUCUCGCAUUGAUCCACGAGAACGUAGAACUUCCACCGAUCCAGAAGUUCCAUUACCUCCGUGCAGCGGUGAAGGAUGAAGCAGCGCAAAUCAUCGAAACGAUUGCCAUCAGUGCGGCCAACUAUCCACUGGCUCGGCAAACAUUGGUCGCUCGUUAUUCCAACAAGUAUCUAUUGAAAAAGCGACAUUUACAAGACCUGUUGGAAAUUCCCAGGAUGAAAAAGGAGACCGCUGCCGCGUUGCAUUCCGCGGUAGACGAUUUUCAGAGGCACGUGAAAAUCCUAGAACAAUUGGGUGAGCCAACUGCACAUUGGAGUACCCUGCUGGAGCAUCUAUUGUGCAUACGAUUGCAUGAUGACACAAUCCGAGCAUGGGAGGAUCAUGCAGAGACUGUCGGAAACCAAACGUACAAAUGCUUGGUAGAAUUUUUGGAAAAACGCAUCCGUGUUCUUGAGAGUGUUUCGGUCAACCAUAAUAAUAUAGCUCACCAAACCACGCCCGCUGCAGGUGUCAACAGUACUCAUCAUCGAAGACCCUCGUUACCGUUUAAAAUGUCUACUCACGCCGUCACGGAAAGUUCAGCCCCCAAAUGCCAUGCAUGUGAUCAGCAUCAUCCCCUAGUAAGAUGUUCGAAAUUCGAGAAGAUGACGCUAGCUGAGCGUUUACGUACAGUGAACUCAAAACGACUCUGCCUAAACUGCUUUCGCCAUGAUCACUUCGCCCGUGAUUGCUCCUUUUCCUACAGUUGUCGGGUGUGCAAGAAAAAGCACCAUUCCAUGUUGCACCCUGGGUACAUUGAGAAUUCCAACAGAUUUGGUACUGAAUCGCCAUCCAACAGCGCGAUUUAUUCGGGUGGUCCGCCACAACAAUCAUCCAACGUUCAAUCCAGAAUUUCAUUUCAAGAAGUUUCUAACGCAUCGAAGUUACAGACAGUGAAAUGCAGCAGCACGAUUUACAAUCCCCACCCAACCGUGUUCAUGCUAACAGUGGUGCUGCGCAUCGUAGAUGUUUACGGGAAGGAGCACUUCGCCCGUGCUCUGCUGGACAGUGCCUCUCAGCCGAACCUAAUGUCCGAUCGUUUGGCUCAACUGCUCCGUUUGCGUCGACAGAAGGUGAAUGUUCUCGUUCAUGGGAUUGGUGAGAAGCCUGAACAUGCUACGGAGUCUGUGACGACUAAAAUCCUCUCCCGCAAAAAUGAAUUCGCUAAAGAUGUUAGCUUUUUAGUUCUCAAGCGAAUGAUGUCAAAACUGCCAGCUGAAGAUGUACUUGUUGAAAGAUGGAAUCUACCCGGCGACGUGUUCCUAGCUGAUCCUGGAUUCAAUCGGUCGAGCGAGAUCGAUCUCGUAAUAGGAACUCAAUUUUUCUUCGAUUGUUUCCCCACAGCGUCUAAAAUUCAACUCUCAGGUAAUCUUCCCAUAAUGGUUGACAGCGUGUUUGGCUGGAUAUUUGCUGGAAAUUGUCAUCUAGUUCCAUCUGCCAGUGAUGCCGUUAGCUGCACGACCGUCGCCCAGUCGUUAGCCCCGCUGGAAGAAUGCAUGGAAAGAUUUUGGAAGAUAGAAGAACUCCCUGUCAGACGUGAUAUGUCACCCGAGGAAAAGGCUUGCGAAGAGCUUUAUAGGUCAACCACAUCCCGAAACGAUGAUGGGAGAUAUGUUGUUCGACUACCGAAACAGCCCAACUUCGCUGAGAUGGUUGGUGAAUCGAAGUCCAUCACAUUACACCGAUUUCACCUGCUCGAGCGAAGACUUUCGAACGAUACUGAUCUGAAAGAGAGCUACGAUAAGUUUAUGGCUGAUUACGUAGCUUUAGGACAUAUGCGUAUUGUACACUCUGACUAUACUCCUGAUUCACACGUGCACUACUUGCCACAUCACCCUGUGCUGAAAGAGGCCAGCACAACAACAAAAACCAGAGUGGUUUUCGAUGGCUCCAGCAAAACGUCAUCCGGUUAUUCGCUCAACCAAUCCCUAUGUAUUGGACCCGUUGUACAAGACGACCUCUUGACCUUAAUUAUCCGCUUCCGAAAAUACCCGAUAGCCAUGAUUGCGGAUAUUGAGAAAAUGUACCGCCAGGUACAGGUACAUUCUUCCGAUGCUCCUCUCCAACGAAUAUUAUGGAGAUUUAGUCCUUCUGAUCCAUUGCUCACUUAUGAGCUCCAGACCGUCACCUAUGGACUAGUUCCUUCAUCUUUUCUCGCCACUAGAACGCUACAGCAGCUUGCUGAAGAUGAUGGUGACGUUUAUCCUCUGGGAGCCGCUGCAUUGAGAAAGUCGUUUUACGUUGAUGACUAUAUAGGUGGAGCAGACUCGAUUCCUGAAGCUAUCGAGUUGCGCAACGAGUUGACCAAACUGCUGGCAAGAGGUGGUUUCCCGCUGCGAAAGUGGACGUCAAAUAAGUUAGAAGUUCUCCAAGGUUUGUCCUCCGACGAAAUUGGUACCCAGUCAACCCACAAGUUUGACCCAGAUGAGACCGUGAAGACCCUCGGAAUUUUGUGGGAGCCUGCAUCGGAUCAGUUUUGCUUCGAUCUACAAAUGCACUGCGUCACGACGUACGUGACAAAACGGGUAAUCAUUCCGCUGUGUCACAGCUGUUUGAUCCGCUAG